GAACGACUCCAAAACGUCAUCCCAGAUUGAGAUGAAUAUUUUUGUUUUAGCGAACAAUUGUUUCUAGAGUCAUCAAGCGAUACGUAAUAAAAGUUGAAAAAGUUCGGAAAGAUUUAUCUCACUGAGUCCAUGUUUCAUUGUAUCCCCGCCUACGAACGAUAGCCACGCGGCGCUGUCGGCGGACGGAGGCAACACGGAGGUUCGACAGUACGACAGUUCAGUCGGCGGGAAUUGCGCACGCACUCAACGGUUGUAGUGAGAUUUUGUGUACGAAAAUCAUUAUGAACUCGGAAAUAACUGUAUUAGUAACCGGCUUCGGACCCUUUAAAAAUCAUGAGGUCAACGCAAGCUGGGAAGCUGUAAAAGAACUUUACAAAAUGAAAGAAGAUUUACACGAACGUCACAACGUCCGAUUGGUCAUUGAAAACAUUCCCGUUGUUUAUCACCACGUGCUGCAUCGUGUGCCCCAACUGUGGAAAGAACACGAUCCACAGAUUGUAGUGCACGUGGGCGUAUCACACAAAGCUCAAUGUCUGACGUUCGAGCAAAAAGCUCACGGGUUUGGUUAUUUUCGUCCGGACGUCAAUGGCGAAUGUAUGACGAAUGAAUGCAGGGAAGGUUCACCAGCAUUUUUGGAGACUGGGAUAGACGUUAAAGAAUUGUGUCGUAAAAUAAACGAAAAAAAUACUGGUAAAGAAUCUUGCAAGGCUUGCAUCUCGGUUGAUGCUGGUCGUUAUCUCUGCGAGUACAUCUAUUAUCAGUCACUUUGCAAAAAUUCCGAACGUGCAUUAUUCGUACACGUGCCUGAUAGUCACGUAUACACGAGUGAAGUGACGGCGAAGGGUCUCUGCGAAAUAAUAGAAUUGCUCGUAGACAGUAUUAAAAAUUGUAAAUAAUUUA